AUGACCACCAAUUCACAUCCCAGGAAACCUUUGAACACUAAUUCACGUGCCCCACCAUAUGCAUCUCGACAGUCAGUAUACGCCGCCCGGAAUCGUAAUCUACUGAUGUACUCCUCUGCAGUCAUUGUAUUCGCAGUAGGCGUGACUUAUGCUGCAGUCCCCCUGUACCGGAUGUUCUGCGCAGCCACUGGCUUUGCCGGCACCCCAAACGUCGGUACAGGCCGGUUCGAACCCACGCGCCUGGUUCCUGUUGACGGAGCACGUCGCAUUAAAGUUCAUUUCAAUGCUGACCGUGCUGAAGCGCUACCGUGGGCUUUUACUCCACAGCAGAAGUUCGUGACGGUACUUCCCGGAGAGACUAGUCUUGCUUUCUACAAGGCAAAGAAUGAGAGCAGCAAGGACAUAAUUGGAAUCGCCACGUACAAUGUUACGCCUGAUCGAAUCGCACCGUACUUUUCGAAAGUGGAGUGCUUCUGCUUUGAGGAGCAGAAAUUGCUUGCAGGAGAGGAAGUUGAUAUGCCACUCCUUUUUUUCAUAGAUAAAGACAUUCUUGAUGACCCUGCGUGUAGGGGUAUUGAUGAUGUGGUUCUCUCGUAUACGUUCUUCAGAGCCCGGCGUAACGCUCAAGGCCAUCUUGAGCCAGAUGCAAGUGACAAGGACGUUCAAAACUCUCUUGGGUUCGGAGAUUACGAGAUGGCACCGCGUGCAGAAAUCCGGAAUGCGCGUCCAGGAAGGAGCUCGUGA